CCCCACGACCGUGACCACUGAAGGGGGCCCCCCAAAUAGAACAACCAGUGCUACAUCUCAAAUGAGCCGCACACGCUCCCACAAAUGCCGAGAAUGAUGUCCUGGCGACAAGAAUACCUAGAAAACCUAAAGCAACGGGACGAGCUGGAGAAAGCAAAUUAUGAUCUCAUCGAUGCCUACAGCAGGCUUGCUGAUCAGACAGCUGCAUUAGAGGCCAAGGUAUCCGCAAACUCGUCUUCUCCAAUACCUACCUCGCCGGGAGACGAUGCGCCUGGUUUAAGCAACCAGGAGGGAGUAGCACAAGUGAAGAGUAAUCUGGCAGAAGCGCUCCGAGCAAAGGGACAACUACAGCGUCGUCUUAAGGUCACAGAAGAAACUUUGGAGGGGCUUAAAACUAGAGCCAAGGCAGAUUCUACUCUUAUUGGGGAUCUAUCUGCAGAGAGGGCACAGCUUAUCUUGAAGGUCAAAGACAGAGACGAAGAGCUACGUGGAAAGGCUCAAUUAUUGGUGCAAGUCCAAGACGAAAACAUGUCUCUUGAUUUACAACUUAACAUGGCUGAACAGCAGACGGCUCGCUUGAAAAGGGAGAACAAAGACCUAAUAGACCGUUGGAUGGCUCGUAUGGGCCAAGAAGCCGACGCAAUGAAUGAAGCCUCAAAAUUCUAGAGAAUAAUGGUAUUGAUGCGCUUUGCAAUGACUGUAAGGAUAUGUCAAUACCGCUCAAAAUGCAACUUCCCAGCUUAACACGUUCCUCAGACACCAAACCUCUCAACCC